UCUUUUUUUCAAUAAGAAUCUAGUAGCAGCAAACCUUCAAAUUCACAAUCACAUAGAUAUCUCACUUGUUUCAUUGCUGAUUUUGCAAUUUGCUCGCAACAAUCAAAUUCAAUGGUAAGUGAAAAUUCUCUCUUGUAUGGUAAUGCGAAAUCUUCUGUGACGAGGCUCCUAAAACCUCCGAGAUUGUUACUCUUCACUUCCAUGCCUGCUUUUCUGUUACUUGUGCAUAUUCAUAUUCAUAUUGAAAUUUGAAACCCUUGCUUCAAGUAAAUAUAAAUUAUUUUACAAAUUUAAUUUAAUUUUUGAUGCUAAAUUAUCUAUCAUUCAAAACUUGUUCCAAGCUAUUCCACUCACUCAAACACAAACAUGAACACCACCUGUUCGACAAUAUGCCCCACCUAAAUGCUUCCUCAAUUAACCGUUCCAUGCUUAACUUCUUACACCAAAACCUUCCCUUUCAAGCUCUUUCAUUACUCAAGAAACACUUUCACUUUCAUUUGCUUCAAAAUGUUGAUGAGGUGACACUUGCAUUGUCCUUCAAGGCUUGUAAUGGAGAGUUCAAUUUAGGUUCCCAAAUCCACGGAUUCGCAGUGUGUACUGGGUUUGUUUCUCGGGUCGCCGUGUCGAACUCGCUUAUGAAAAUGUACUGUAAAGCUGAGAAAUUCGAAUGCGCUUUGCGUGUUUUCGAGAGUUUGAGUCAUCCUGAUAUUGUUUCUUGGAAUACUAUUCUUUCUGGGUUUGACAAGAGUGUUGAUGCAUUGAAUUUUGCGUGUUUUAUGCGUUUAAAUGGGAUAGUUUUUGAUCCUGUGACAUACACUACUGCUCUUUCCUUUUGUUGGGAUGAUGAUCUUGGGUUUUUAUUUGGGUUGCAAUUGCAUUCUCUUAUAGUUAAAUGUGGAUUUGGCUGUGAAGUUUUUAUAGGGAAUGCACUUGUGACAAUGUAUUCUAGGUUGGAGGGAUUAGAUGAUGCUAGGAGAGUGUUUGAUGAAAUGCCUAUAAGAGAUUUGGUUUCUUGGAAUGCGAUGAUUUCGGGGUAUGCUCAAGUGGGGGAGUGUUAUGGGUUGGAAGCAGUUUUGUUGUUUGUUAACAUGGUGAGACAAGGUAUGUUGCUUGACCAUGUUUCGUUUACGAGUGCGGUUUCUGCUUGUGGUUAUAUGAGAAACUUAGAGCUAGGGAAGCAAAUUCAUGGUUUGGCUCAAAAAGUUGGUUAUGGAACACAUGUUGCAGUUUGCAAUGUUUUGAUUUCGACUUAUUCGAAAUGUGACGUUGUUAGAGAUGCAAAGGAAGUUUUUUGGGUCAUGAAUAAUCGAAAUGUGGUGUCUUGGACGACAAUGAUUUCUAUUGAUGAAGAUGAUGCGGUGUCCCUCUUUAAUGCUAUGAGAGUUGAUGGCGUGUAUCCAAAUGAUGUUACAUUUGUAGGAUUAUUGCAUGCUAUAACAAUCAGGAAUAUGGUGACAGAAGGUCUUAUGAUUCAUGGGUUAUGCAUAAAAAGUUGCUUUUCAUCAGAACAAAAUGUCUCCAAUAGCCUUAUUACCAUGUAUGCUAAGUUUGAGUCAAUUCAAGAAUCAAAGAAGGUUUUUGAGGAGCUUAACUAUCAAGGAACAGUAUCAUGGAAUUCAUUAAUUUCAGGGUAUGCUCAAAAUGGCUUGUAUAAAGAAGCUUUCCUUACAUUUUUGUAUGCAAUAAAGGAAAUAAAGCCCAACCAAUACACAUUCGGUAGUGUGUUAAACACCAUUGCUGCAGCCGAGGAUAUAUCUUUGAAACACGGACAAUGUUGCCAUUCUCACUUGAUCAAACUUGGUUUAAGCACCGACCCAUUUGUCGCUGGGGCUCUGCUUGACAUGUACGGCAAACGUGGAAACAUUAAUGAGUCUCAAAGAGUAUUCAACGAGACGCCUGAAAAAACACAGUUUUCUUGGACAGGAAUGAUAUCUGCCUAUGCUCGACAUGGAGACUAUGAGUCGGUGAUGGGUUUAUAUAAGGAAAUGGAGAGGGAAAGUAGCAGUCCUGACUCCAUCACUUUCCUUUCUGUUUUGGCUGCAUGUUGUAGAAAAGGAAUGGUUGAUGUAGGCCAUAGAAUAUUUGACACGAUGGUGAAAAAACAUUCAAUUGAACCAACCCCCGAACAUUAUUCAAUUAUGGUGGACAUGCUCGGUCGUGUGGGACGACUAGAUGAGGCUGAAGAGUUGAUGCAUCGGAUUCCCGGAGGACCUGGACUAUCGGUGUUGCAAAGCUUGCUCGGGUCUUGUAGAUUACAUGGGAAUGUGGAGAUGGCAGAGAGGGUUGUUGAUAGUUUGAUACAAAUGGACCCUGCAAGUUCAGGUCCUUAUGUGUUGAUGGCAAACUUGUAUGCUGAGAAAGGGAAUUGGGAGAAAGUUGCACAAGUGAGAAAAGGGAUGAGAGGGAGGGGAGUGAAGAAGGAAGUUGGAUUUAGUUGGGUGGAUGUUGCAAAUGUUGAUUCCUUGCAUUUGCAUGGUUUCUCCUCCGGGGAUAAGUCACACCCUGAGUCUGAGACUAUUUGUAGGAUGGCAGAUUUUCUAGGAUUGCAAAUGAUGUUUUCAAAAGAUAGGGGAGUGAACGAAGGUGACCGUUGCUUACUCUGCACACAAACCUAGGUGACAUCAAAUGGGAAAUCUUCUGUGACGAGGUUCCUAAAACCUCCGAGAAUUUUUUAGCGCUGUGUGCGAGUGGUUCCUAUGACAGGACUAUAUUUCACCGCAGUAUUAAAGGUUUUAUGAUUCAAGGAGGGGACCCAACUGGUACUGGCAAAGGGGUACUAGUAUAUGGGGCAAGAAAUUCAACGACGAGAUAAGAGAAUCUUUGAAGCACAAUGCAAGGGGAAAAUUAUCAAUGGCUAACAGUGGUCCAAAUACUAAUGGAAGUCAGUUCUUCAUAAGUUCUGCUAAACAGCCACAUUGGAAUAGACUAUAUACUGUGUUUGGAAGAGUGAUUCAUGGAUUUGAAGUUAUUGAUCUCAUGGAAAAGACUCUAACUGGGAGAGGAGAUCGACCACUUGCAGAGAUAAUUAAAUGACUCGUCUAGAAUUAACUUGCAACAUGCACUCGGGCGCACACACUCACACAAUAUCAUAAAAACUAUAAAAUAAUAUACUUUUUAUUUUUAUUGUGCAGACUCUAACCGGGACAGGAGAUCGACCACUUGCAGAGAUAAGACUCAAUCGUUAUUAUCCACUUGCUGGUUAGACUGAAGUCUUACCGUUUAUGUAAAAUUGAAGUUUCUGUUUCCCCAAACAAUUUAUCUAACUUCUAAAUAGAAUAGAAUUCUUACAUGCCGAAUGAAUUGAGAUAUUCUGAUUUACAGAUUUUUAUUUUGGUAAAAAUAGUAAAAUGUACAUAUAACAUGUUUGAUCUCGAUAGUUGAAUAGAAAUCAAUGGUUGGCAUAGGUUAAAAUUAA